UGUUUCUACUCAUUCAUUUUAUUCGUUUGUUUCAUAAUAUAUAAUUUCAUCUUGCACAAAAAGAAAGAAACAAAGAAGAGGCUUCCGUUGAUGGAAUUUUAAUUGUUAGGGUUUUUACAGGCAACUUGUAUUUGUGUUCAAAGGAAUUCGAAAAAUAUAUCAAAGCUCGUUAGUGAACUGAGACUGAUACGCUUCAUUUGUCUGCAUAUUUUCCAACCGACACUGGUAAAAUAUUAUACUAUAUCAUACGAUUGUUAGACUUGAGAAAACGUUUUACAAACUUACUCAUGGCUAAAACUGGUGAUUGCUCAAAUAUCGAUCCAAGCGAUGACUUAGCAAAUUGGAUGUCCCAGUUACCAGCUUCUUGUCAUGACUUACCGCUAAAUAGUUUGGCGAUCCCAGGUUCUCAUGAUUCAUUUAGUUCUCAGUUAAAAGAAGGAGAAAUUGCUCCUGAUUGCUCGGAACUAAUUAGAGUAGCUGAGAAAUUGUUUGGAAAAGCUGCUGAUAAAGUAAUUAUGAGUUGGUCUACUACACAGAAUCUGGACUUAGGUACGCAACUUGAAAAAGGGAUCCGCUAUUUUGAUCUGAGGGUAGCUUACAAUGAUUCUUGCAAUGACUUUCAGUUUGUUCAUGGCAUAUACGGACCAAAAAUAGAUUGCUGUAUGCAAGAGAUCAAUUCAUUCUUGGAGAAACAUCAGAAAGAGCUGGUAAUUCUGGAUUUUAACCAUUUUUAUAAUGUAAAUCCAGAAAAUCACAAAAGGUUGCUUUCAAUGUUGUCUGAUAUAUUUGGAAAGAAAAUGUGUCCAUUUAUUGGAGCUGCUAACUUGACACUUAAUAUUGCUUGGGAGGUCAAUCUUCAGGUAGUUAUCUGCUAUCAUCAUAGUCUUGCUGCUCAACAACCAAUAUUCUGGCCUGGAAAUGCUGUACAGCACCUCUGGGCAAACACUGAUCAACUUCCAAAACUGAUUAGAGCAUUUGAAGAGGAAUACCGUAAAGGACGUCCAAGUGAUUGUUUUUUCAACUGGCAAGGUAUUCUAACACCAUCAAUAAGUACUGUUCUUCAACAUCUGGACGGCAGCUUGAAAAUUACAUUGGCUGAGAAAGCAACAUCUGCCAUUACACAGUGGGUUGCUGACAAAUCUCCGUGUUGCAAGGGCUUAAACAUUAUAUCUGUAGAUUUUAUGCAAUUGUAUAACUUUGCACAUGUAAUUGUACAAAUGAAUCAUAACAUUCAAUAAUUUAUGUGUAUAUAAGCGUGUAUACAUCUAUAUGUUCAUCAACAAUAAAUAUUUUAUUUUUGUUA